GUAAGCAUCGGCGGCUGCGUCCGCCGUCAAUAUAAUAAAGUAGUGCGUAAACAACCGGCCUUGUCAUUACACGCGUCCUCGGACACACUACUGGCGACGAGCUUUACGUAUACCCACACGUGACGAAAAAAAAAAAAAAAAAAUGUUCGGGACGUCUUCUUUAAGUGUUUUGUCGAGUUUUGAUCAUCAAAAUCAAGAUUGGAAGACAUAUAAGAGUAGAUUGCAGCAAUGGUGCAUAGCUAACGGCAUCGAUGAGCAGUCUGAUAAAGCCGGAAUCAAGAGAAGAGCAGUACUCCUCAGCGCACUCACAGAGAGUACCUACCAGCUCGCAAGCAACUUAGCGUUACCCGACGAUAUUGCGACAAAGAGCUAUGAAAGCAUUUUAGGUAUUUUAGAUGAACACUUUAUUCCAAAGCGGUGCGGAUUCGCAGAGCGGUAUAAUUUUUACGCAGCGAUGCAGCAAAAUGGUGAAACUCAUGGGCAAUGGGCCGCACGCUUGCGAGGUUUGGCCGCACACUGCGCUUUCAAAAACCUAGAAGAAUCUCUGCUAGAUAAAUUCGUCAUGGGAAUGUUGCGAGGACCCGAGCGAGAAAGGCUUUUCGCACAAGAAAUCAGAGAGCUGACGUUGAGCAAAGCUGUGGAGCUGGCAGAGAGCGUGCGGUGCGCACGAGAAGGUGCAGCUGCAGCGGUAGUGCCGGAAUCAUCCGGUCGGGAAGGCGUUUUCAAGAUUGCCCAACAAGCAAAAGGGAGCGCGGACCGAACAGCCGGCGUAAAAUGCUUAGUAUGUGGUUACAAAAAUCACAAAACGUCAGAGUGCCGAUUUUCUAAAUUUAAGUGCAGAAUAUGUGAUCGUAAAGGUCAUCUCCGUAGAAUGUGCCCCAGGAACAAAGUGAAGCACUUGGAGCAAGGUAACGACGAUGACGAGGGCGAUGACGCGCAUCGAACACAGCUGACUUCUUAUCGCGGGCCCUACCCGUAGCAAAACCGGGUUCCGAAGGUGAGGAAGGCGUGCGGGACGAGGUAGCAGCGUACGAGCAUAUCAGUUUCGCAGUGGAGGGAUGCCUGCCAGUCACGAGGCAAGAUCUGCAGCGAGAGACGGCGUGCGACCCCAUACUAAAGAGCGUAGCUAAGUAUGUAGCUAACGGCUGGCCACGUAAGUUAUCGAUACUAUCAAAUCAGAGUCUUAAGCCUUAUUACUUAUGUCGAAACGAUAUCGCACUAGAAAAUGGUAUUCUCAUGCGUGGUCACAAAGUAAUUAUUCCACAAAGUGUACGCGGCAGAAUAUUGGAAGAACUACACAGCUCGCACUUUGGUAUCGUUAAAAUGAAGGCAGACGCUCGCAGUAGAUUGUGGUUUCCGGGUAUAGACGCUGAGCUAGAGAAACUGGCAGGGACGUGCCGGGUGUGCGCACAACUGCGCCCGUCACCACCGCGCGCGGCCCUUGCACCUUGGCCCUAUCCUGAUGCCGCUUUUCAUAGGAUUCAUUUAGAUUUUUUCGGUCCAUUAAAUAACAAAGUUUACUUAAUAAUAGUAGAUGCACACUCUAAGUGGAUAGAAUGCUAUGACAUGAAUAGCAAUAGCUCCUCUAAAGCCGUAAUCGCGAAAUUAUGCGAAUUCAUGUCAAGGUUUGGGGUACCUAAAACUAUAGUGAGUGACAACGGAACCGCUUUUGCUUCCCAGGAGCUUAGCAAUUUUUGUAUGUUAAAUGACAUAACACAAUUAUUUUCUCCAGUAUACCAUCCGUCGAGUAAUGGACAGGCGGAAUCAUUUGUUAAAAUUGUUAAAAAAGGUAUCAAAACUAUUUUUUCGUCUGGGUGUAGAACUGAUGAAAUUCCGAUACGAUUAGCGAAAUUCCUUUUUGAUUAUCGUAAUUCGGUAAAUAGUACCACGGGAACCUCUCCGGCUCAGUUGGUUUUUGGUCAUCCACUCCGCUCGCGGUUAGACUUGUUAACGGUAAACACAUCGCCCUCGCAAUCCGAGUUACCCUUGCUAAUCAGUAACAAACAGUCCUCACAGGCUAAGAAUUAUGGUGGCAAAAUUACCAGAGACUUAGAGCCGGGGGAACAAGUAUGGUUCAAACAAUAUAUUAAUAAGUCGAAAAGUUACUGGGCAAAAGGGGUUGUGAUAAAAAAGACAGGCAAAGUUAUGUACGACAUCAGUUUUCCAGAUCAAAAUAAGAUUAUUAAAAGGCAUAAAAAUCAACUAUACGUGUUUAAAGGGGAGAGUGGACCUUCAGAAAACUCUCACACAUUCAACGUAUGGGAUAUACCAGAUCCACGGAACAGCGACUGCGGGAGCGAGGCAACAACAGCUGGAUCUAAAGGGGCUUUAGUGACAGCAACAGGAUCAGCUCCACCAGCAGAAGUAGGGUCAUCGUCAUCAUCGCUUACCUGCCAGCCAGCAGGAACGACGCAGUCUGUGGAAGCGGAGACUAUGGGCAGUGCUGACCAAGAUCAAAUUACUGCCACUAUAAGCCCACAAUCAGCAGAGCCCGUAACUCCCACCAGCUGCUCACCUUCCAGUGGAAGAAAUAGCCCACAGUUUAGUACGCCACAGCCAAUAUCACCGACACUAGAUAAGCCGGCUCCCGGCCGACCACGCCGGAAUAAGCCACCCAUUGAUUUCAGGAAGUUCUUUUAGGAUAAGGGGUACAUUUGGGAGGGAGAAAUUGUUAGGUAUGUAAGCAUCGGCGGCUGCGUCCGCCGUCAAUAUAAUAAAGUAGUGCGUAAACAA